UAGGGAGGCCGGGACCGGAACCUUCAGUUGGAUGCGAUCUGCCAACCUAAUCGAAAGAAGCAGAAAAACAAGCUGGCACUUACCAAAGGGUAAAAGCAGAAGGAUUAACUUUCAAAGUAAACAAGUUAAAAACCCUUAAAAGUCAGUGAGAGCCUUGGGCCUGGUUGUAUAUCAACAAAGCCACUUGUAUUGAAUAAUGUUUUAAUGUGCGUCUGGUUGCUGGACGCUAAAUUGUUUUCAGGGGAAAUCGGACAGCGGAAUAUACUUCUCGUAAAUGUGUAACCACUAACAACCCGUUCACGGUGUAUCCCUCAGAGAAAUUAACGCUUUUAAGAGAAAUACAAUACAAGAAAGACAGCGUCCAUUUUCCAGAGUUUACACAGUAAACGCCAUGUGGGUGAAAUGUAUAGUUGGUACUCAGACGUCCCGUUCCCGUGAAGGCAGCACGGAGCUGCGCCAAAAGAAGCUGACAGAAACACUGGAGUUACCGUCUCGUCCAGUCGCAGUGGCGUUAACUGGAUCACAAUGGAAAGCUUGCAAAACCCCAGUACUUUGGCAUCCAAACUGCAGAAGACCUUAAUAUCUUACCACAAUCUGGAUGAAAAUGAUUGGAGAGUAUCAAAGAGAUUGAAAGACGUUACAGUGUGGAGAAAGCCAUCUGCAGAGUUUCAUGGUUAUCUGUAUAAAGCCCAGGGUGUGGUUGACGAUGACCCCAAUAGAAUAGUGGAUUACAUUCGUCCAGGCCCUUAUCGAUUACAGUGGGAUAGUUUGCUGACUUCAAUGGACAUAAUAGAAACCCUUGAUCAGGGUUGUUGUGUGAUGAAGUACACGACAUCUGGUCAGUUGUGGAACAUAAUUUCUCCGAGAGAGUUCAUUGAUUUCUCCUACACCACAGACUACCAGGGUGGCCUCUUGUCCUGUGGUGUCAGUGUGGAGCAUGAGGGGCAGCACCAGAAUUUUGUCAGAGGUUUCAACCACCCGUGUGGCUGGUUCUGUGUGCCCACCACAGAGAGCUCCACCAUCCCAGCCCAGAGCCUCCUUACCGGGUACAUACAGACAGACCUCCGGGGUAUGAUGCCACAGUCUGCAGUGGAUACAGCCAUGGCAGGCGCCCUCAUCAACUUCUACACCGACCUGCGCAAGGCUCUGAAGAUGGCUUAACUUUGCUCAGUGGCUGGAUUGGUUAAGCUUUAGCCAGCUCAUAUUUUGUACGAUGGCUAAAGCACAUACAAAUCCAGCAACUAGGCUAAGCCAUCCAACUAGGCUAAGCCAUCCUAACAUCCUAAUGAACACACCAGUCGAUUGAUCAUCCAUUCUACACUCCACCGUUUCAGGGGGAAUCCAUUUCUCUUUCCUAAGCAGCUCAAAUGCAAUCCAAGUUAGGACCAGGGGUUUAGUCACUGAGUUGGGACUUGUUUAUUGAUACAAAUAUCAAGCAUAGAAUGAUAGUGGCACACCCAACAAAUUCAGUGGUUGAGGACAGAUAGAUAAUUAGCAAAAUACGAAAAUAAAACAAAUGAAGAUAGAGAGCCAGAUGCUAUUAUUUUAAUGUGACUUAUAGUUACCAGUUAGAUGUAAAAUGUUUGCAGGAAUGUUUCAUGGUGCUAAUAUGAAUUUUUCAUGUCUAUCAAAUCCUAAAGCGAAAGCUAAGUGUCCAGAGAGAUGUGCAUCUAUCUGUUUUGUUUUUAUUAUUACAAUAAACCAGACCCCUUUGGUCUAUUGCAUCUCCAAUAGAAAUCAAACACUGAAUUGCCAUUAGUCCCAAAAAUACCUCAGGGGUGCAAUGAUAUCACUAUUUAGAUAAAAAGAACACCACCAGCAGGAAUAGGAAAGCUUUGCUUGUUGUGUCCUGUAUAGCUCAGUUGGUUGAGCACAGGGUUCCACUAAAACAGCGUAAAUGUACUCACUAUUGUAAGUCACUCUGGAUAAAAGUGUCUGAAAAACUUGAAUACUUGAAUAUAACGUUACGGAUGUUUGAGGGCCAUACCUUUACAAAAUUAACUUGAUAUUGGUUAUCUAAUGGAUUACCAGCUCAAUGUCAAGUACAACAUAUUAACUAUGUUAGAUUGAUGAUACUUUGGAACUUUAAGUGUAUUUGAUUUUUUUUCCAUUCUGUGGUUGUAUUAUUGUUCUGUAAUGAGGAAGAAAGUGGUAUGCCACACGCAACUUUUGUUUCCUGUUUCUUGCCUUAAGGAUAAAUAAUCCUGAGAAGACUACAAGAACAAAGAACUACAUCACUAAUUGUUAUAACAAGCUGGGCAUAUAUUUGUAGUGUUGUUUCUUCUGUUGUUGAUAGUUUAGUCCUUUUUUGAUAUUGUAAAUACUUAAAAUUAAUCAGGUUAGGGAGUUAAUGUAUCCCAUUCAGUAUUUAUUUUAGAGUACAAUACAAGGAACUAUGCUCUGCUUUGGGCCUUGCAUUUUAGAAUUAUUAUGUGUACAACAUUUAAGGUUAAACUAUAUUCAUGCAAUCUUCAUGUCUCACUUACUUGGUCUAAUGUUGUGUUUCAGUUUGUCCUUUAUUUUACUUUCUAUCACUGUAUUUAGUUUAAACUAAAUACAUGCUAUCAAUCAAAUUAAAUGUAUUUUAUUAAGUCCUUUUCAGUACUGAUAAUACUGUGCUAAAAUCCCUGAAGAAUGCAGAUGAACAGGGUCUACAACUAUAAAAAUGUUAUUUGACUGUCCACAUAUGAGAACUGUUAAUGGUUUUGAAAAUAAAAUGUUUUGGUUCCUCAGA